AUAAUUAAGAUAACUAACAAGUGACUGGGAUUUUUGUCGGCAGGUUGGUAAUCAAAUUUAAAUGUCACAAUUUUAUAGUCAAUUGUCAUUCGUUUUUGAGAGGCAGUCGCUAACAUAUCCGUCACCUGACACAAUCUGAUAUCACAGACUUAAAAGAUUACUAAUCAAUAAUUCAGUAUUGCCAAUAGAUUUUUUUGUCACAAUCAUUUACAGUCACUUGGUAUUAAAUAGACACGAAAAAAACGUGAAAACACAAAUAAAGUUUUAAACAUUACGGCAUAAACAGUUCAUAAAAAAACUAGUGUAACUACUGCCGAAUGGAUUUAAUUGAAAUUGCUCACAAACUUUCUGAUGCAGCUAUUUCAAUCAAUUUGUAAGAAAAUCAAUAAAGCUUAUCCUUGAUACUAUAUUCCUAAUUAAAUAAGACUCCAUAGGAGUGCCCAACUAAAAUAUAUCCAACUCCAGUUGAAGCAAUGGCAUCAGAGACUCCGAACCAAAAAGGCGGCUUCUACCCCAACUGUGACGUUAAUGUGUGGUUACGAUCCUGCACCGAAGAAAUCUCGGAACCGAUCACAGGUACCAUCACUGGUACCAUUCCAACUUGGCUCCGGGGUUGUCUUCUACGCAAUGGUCCCGGUUCGAUCAAAGUUGGCAAUGAUUAUUUCGGCCAUCUUUUUGACAGCUCGGCUCUACUUCAUCGGUUUUCCAUCAAUGAAGGCAGGGUUACCUAUCAGUGCCGUUUCCUCCAAUCAGAAGUGUUAAAACGGAACCGGGCAGCCAAUCGGAUUGUUUUGACGGAAUUUGGUACCAAAGCGGUACCUGACCCGUGCCGAACCAUCUUCCAAAGGGUUGCUUCAAUUUUUUCUCCAAAUUCGGACGACAUUUCGGAUAAUUCAAUGAUUUCGGUUUAUCCAUUCGGAGACGAAAUGUUUGCUUUCGGGGAAAUCCCGAUUAUUCAUAAAAUUGAUCAAGGCACUUUGGAAACAAAAGACAGAAUAGACGUUAGCAAGUUUGUUUCAAUUGUCCAUCAUACGUCACAUCCGCAUGUCAUGAAAGAUGGAACUGUAUUUAAUUUGGGAUUGACAAUUUACCCGUCUGGUCCUUAUCACACAAUUGUCAAAUUUCCCUCAGGAAAAAAUAUGUUUGAAGGUGCUGAAAUUUUUGCAGGAAUCCCCGCAAGAUGGCCGCUACACCCCACAUAUAUGCACACUUUUGGCCUAACUGAAAAUUAUUUUGUUAUUGUUGAGCAACCUCUAAGUGUCUCUGUGGGUGGUAUGAUAAUGAAUAAGAUUAAAAAUGAGCCAAUGGCGAGUAGUUUCCGCUGGUACCAACAUGAAAAAACACAAUUUAGCUUAAUUAGUCGCAAAACCGGCCAACUGGCUUACAAAUUUCACUCAGAAGCUUUCUUUUACUUACACAUAAUCAACCAAUACGAAACUUACGAUCACGUGAUUGUUGACAUUUGCACGUACCGCAAUCCUGAAAUGCUGGACUGUAUGUACACUAGUGUAAUGAAGAAUAUGCAACAUAAUCCGAACUAUGCCGAAAUGUUCCGAUCAAAACCUCUCCGUUUCGUACUUCCCCUAAAACCGGCCGAAACAAAUUCGAAUCUCAUCCAACUGUCAGACACAAAUUGCGAAGCCUACUACCAACCUGACGGCGAAAUAAUCAUAAUACCGGAAAAAUUGUCAGAUCUGGGCUGUGAAACCCCGAGAAUUAACUACGAGCAAUAUUUAGGAAAGCAGUAUCGAUAUUUUUACGCUAUAAGCGCUGAUGUCGAUGCGGCGAAUCCGGGAACUAUUAUUAAAGUUGAUACUGUGACAAAAACAUCUAAAACUUGGUGUGAACAUAACUGUUAUCCCAGCGAACCCAUUUUUGUACCACGGCCCAAUUGUCGGUUUGAGGAUGAUGGGGUGGUACUCGCGGCCAUGGUGUGGGGCGGAAAAGAUACAAAUCAUGUCGGCUUGAUUAUUUUGGAUGCGGAAAGUUUUACAGAAGUGGCAAGGGCGGAGUUUAGGACGCCGGGGCCUGUACCUAAAUGCUUACAUGGAUGGUUUUUACCGAAUUAAAUUUGAAUCACCCUGUAGAAUAUGAAUUCAGGUGUGACAAGGACAACACAGUGGUCACGUGACCCAACUGUCAAGACAUUUCAGAAGUGUCAAAAUUUUUCGUUUUAUUUAUUUUUUACUUCAUCAAAAGGAGCAAGGGAUAUUUUGGUGGUGCGCACUGUGUUCGGAUAACUGGGAGAAUGUUUUUUAAAACUCAAAGGUUAUAAACACUUAUUUUUACUACUCAAAUAUUUAUUUACAUCAAAAUAUAAUCUUCUACAAAAAGUAUACACUUGUUUAAACUAAAUGCUUAUUUUACUCUGUACCCUACAGUACUGUAAACUUAAAUUAUCAAUAAAUAAUACUUCAGCACGUGUUAAUAAAUUGCAUAAUAUAAAAUUUGACAAUAAAUUUAAAAAUGUACAAAACUGUUUCCA